AUGGUGCUGCAAAACAAGUACAAGGCCAGGGCGUCGCGGCGCUACAACAACACAAAGGGCGAGUCGACGCAGCACGGCGAGCCGCCGCAGAAACCCGGCUUCCGCCAGCGUCACUUCCGCCGCUUCGGCUCGCAGCUUGGUCCGAGUGGCAAGGAUGAUGGUCACGACGACGGAGAGGGUUCGAACAGCGGGAGCGAAGAAGAUCACAGCGGCAGCGACCAGGAAGAUGGCGGCGACAGCGACGACGACGACGACGGCGACGACGAGGUACACGAUCCGCGAUUCCCCAGCCUGGAAAAGGCAGCGGCGGCCGGCCAGGCAUCAUCAAAGCAGCAGGGAAAAGCGACGACCGACGGCGACAAGACAGCCCCACCGUCGGGCAGGGGCAAGUUUUCUCGGCGAAAGCUGGGCGAGUCAAACGCGGCCCGCAUCGCGAGGCUCGAGGCGGAAAAGGAUCCGCACCUCGAAGGCUCCGACGACGAGCCCGAGAUCGACAUCUCUGCGCUCGUCGCCCGCGUAAAGGCCCUCGACCCCAACGCCCACACCCAGGCCGGCGUCUCUGCCGACAUUGCAGCCCAUCGUGCCGAGAGGGAGACGGCAUCGGACGUCGAAAACGACAUCGACCACAGCCUCGCCUGGCUGCACGAGCGCGAGAUGCAGAGGCAGAAGGCAAAGGGGCGCGCCGGCUGGAAGGACGGCCGCCCGGACGCCAAGCGCAGCGAUUCGCACGCCGAGAUGAAGGACGUCGAUCUCGAGGGCAACAAGAUUGACUACGAGGCCAUCAAGAGGGAGAAGGAGAAGGCCGAGGCGCUGCGUGCGCUCAAGGCCAGGUUCCAGGGCCGCGCGCUCGGCGAACGGGAGAGCAAGGCUGCCAGGGCUCGGCCGGUGCCGUCCAUCAAGAUCGGGCCGCACAGAGACCAGCCGCUCAGCGGCAGCAUGGCGCCCACCAGCACAUCGGUCAAUGGCGGGCUCGAUCCCGCCUCUUCUGGCCGCCGAGCCGCGCCUGCCGUGUCGCCGCCGGCAUCGUCGACCUCAAGCCGGGGCAGUUCGAGCGCCAUGUCGGCGUCGUCGUCGCUCUCGUCGCCUUCGGGCGCGCAGCGGCACGACGAGACGAGCGCAGUGAGCGACUCGGUGGCGGCCGAGAUCGACGCCAGCCUCAACCGGCAGAGGAAGCUGGCGCAGUCGGGCAACCACGAUUCCGGCUCGGUGUCGUCGCAGCGGAGCAGCUUCAGCACCGAUUUCGGCCGACGUCGCUCGCCCAUGAGCGUAAAGGACUACGAUGGCGUCACUGACCCCGGUCCCCCGACCGACGAGAUCGAUAGCUUCCUCGCCAGUCUCAAGCCCGAGCCGCUUGUCAGGACGUCGCAGCAGGUCCGGCCCGGCUCGCCAGAGGAGAAGAAAAAGAGACACGGCGGCGGCAAAGGCGGCGACCGUGCGGCAUCGGCCCGUACGCCGCUCGCCUCGUCGACGCCGUCACCGGAAAAGGCAGCGUCGAAGGGCGAACGUAUCCACCGCUUCCCCGUGCCCGCACCCGCCCUCGCCGCGGCUGGUCCGCUGAAUUCGAAGAUGCCAAAGAGGGGCGAGAUUGAGAGUCUCGAGAGCUUCCUCGACGACAUGCUCAAGUGA